AGCUCUACAUGUCUCUACACCUGCUACAGAGAGAGCAGUCAGUGUGUGGUAUGGGGCCGGGUCAGGACAUGGGGCCCGGUGGACAGGGCCAGCAGGGGACAGUGAUGGGCCCCGGCCCCAAACCAAUGCCCCCCAACCCCUCAAUGACACCUCCAACCCCGGGGACAAUAUCUGGCCUGGUGCCCCAGGGGCAGGACACCACGAUCAGCUCUAACAGCACGCCCUUCUCCCUUCCUCAUGGAGGUCCAGGGUCCAGAGAACCAGGGCUCGGAGCCGUGGGGUCCGGGUCUGGACACAUGCAGGGCUACCGUUACAGUUGCCCCCCCCAGCCCAUGGGCUACCCCGGAGGGAUGCAGGGCGGCAUGGGCAUGAACCCCACCAACCACCCCCUCCAGCAAGGGGCCAGCUGGAGGAUGAGCAGCCCGUCUCGGAGCAGCCCUAGCCCAGCUGGAGGCCCACAUCUGGGGCAACAGAACUCGAUAAUGUCCCCUAGGCACCGGGCGAGUCCAGGGAUGGCAGGGAGCCCUCGCGUGGCCCCAUGCCUGCACUCGCCCUCCCCUGUGGGGAUUUGUGGGUCUGGAACAGUGGUUGGAGUAGGAGGUAGCGGUCCUGCGGCUAACAGUCUCGCUAACAGCUACACCAGUAGUUCUCUGUCGGCCCUGCAGGCCCUGAGUGAGUGUCACGGGGUCGGACACGGCGGUUGCGUGCACCCACAAAUUCAUGGCGCCGGGGGGCAUUCGCACACACACACCCUGGGGUCACCGGACACGAAGAUGAUGGGGUCGCCAGUCGGAGUAACGAUGGGGGCAGGGGUCAACCCUCACAUGAUGUCGAAGCUCGGCGGUGGCGCUAACAUGGAUCCUCACGGAGAGCAGGGUGGACAGUACGACCAGAGACAGAUGGACAGACAGACUGACGGGAACGGUAGCGGCGGUAACCACGGUGACGUCAAAGAGGAGAGGGACGGCUCAAACGACGGCCCCAACGCGCAGAGCCGUGUCCUCCACGACAACAAGGGCCACACCAAACUGCUCCAGCUCCUCACCACCAAGUCCGAACCCCUCGACACCCCCUCGUCUCCCAACGGAGGAGGAGACCCCAAGGACCCCUCGUCAGGGCUGGGGGGCCCUCAUGGUGCAGGGGCCCCGGGGGGCCACGCUUCAUCCCUGAAGGAGAAACACAAAAUACUCCACAGGCUGCUCCAGAACAGCACCUCUCCUGUCGACCUGGCCAAGCUCACCGCUGAGGCCACCGGCAAGGAGCUGGGAGAGCAGGGGGGUAACGUCAACAUCCAGGGGGGUACAGGAGGGGGUACAGAUGGGAACCUCACCUCCAAACAGGAGCCCCUGAGUCCCAAAAAGAAGGACAACGCACUGCUGAGGUACCUGCUGGAUGAAGAGGAAGGGGGCAUGAAGGAGAGGCAGGCUAGGAUGGAGGGAGGAGGAGAGGUAAAGACGGAAAUGAAACACCCCCUCCAUGUGAAGACUGAGAAACAGGACACGGGAUAUGAUCGCUCUGAGCAGUCGUCAGAGCUGGAUGAUAUCCUAGAUGAGCUGCAGUGUGCCCAGCCCCAGCUGUUCGGUGAGCCACGGCCCGUCUCUCUGCCUUCCUCCCUGGACAAACAGACCAUCAUCAACGACAUACUGCACAUCACCCAGGAAACCAGCCCUGCCAACGCCAUGGCAACACAGCAGCAGCAGAGGGGCAUGCAGCGAGGCAUGGGGCCAGGCAACUAUGGUGGUGCCAGAGGGCCGGAGGGCCAGGGGCCAGCUAGGGGCCUCCCUGUGAGGAGUGUAUCCCUGGACAUGAACGUGUCAGGGGUCCCCCAGGGCCAGUAUCCACCUGUGGGAACCCUCAGCCCCUACACGCUCCUACAACAGCAGCAAGGAAUUCUGGCAAACCACACCGCCAUGAUGUCUAACCAGGCCAACCUCUCAGGUCAGUUGGAUGGUCCUCGGCAGGGAAUGCAGCAGGAGGGGAGUUGGGGUCCUGGGGGCCCAGGUCAGAGCGGGUCAGCAUCGGUCCGUCCUCCAGGGGUCCCAGGUCAGCAGGGGACGACGCUCGGCCGUAUGGGGCCAAGCCCCGGAGGCCCUAUGAGACCCAACAGUCAGCCCGGCCCUGGACCCAGACAGAUGCUGCAGUCUCAGAUGAUGGCCAGCGACAUGGGUAUGGGGCCCCACCAGUUCUCCCAGCAACAGGCUCCACCCAAUCAGACGGCUCCGUGGCCAGACAGCGUGAUGCCUAUCGAGCAGACCCCCUUCAAUCAGAACAGGUCUCUGUAUGCCUCCCAGCAGCAGCAGCAGCAGGAAGUGUUGUGUGGGGUUCCGGGGCCCAGUGGUCAGAGUCAGGGGCCUGGAGGUCCUGGUGAUGGGGGUGGUAGUGAUGAGGGGGCUCUCCUGUCCCAGCUCUACACCGUGUUAAAGGACUUUGAUGGCCUGGAGGAGAUAGACAGAGCRCUGGGGAUACCUACUCUGAUGGGACAGGGUCAGUCUGUAGAUCAGGAUAUUUCUUCAGACCCGUCCAUGUUGUUGGACCAGAAGCCUCCAGUGUAUGGCAGCAGCACCAGCAGGAACUGCCACCUGGCUCCCAUCUACAGAGAGGGUACCAUGGCCCUGGGCCCAGCGGACCCAUGCAGGACCCACAGGUCAAGGUUUCCACCCAAUGGCUGGCCAGAUGGGCCCCAGACCAGGAUACCCCAUCAUGAGGCUGAGGCCCAAGCGGUGGUUCCUAACCAGCCUAACAUGAGGUUACAGCUGCAGCACCGGCUACAGGUACAACAGAAUCGCCAACCAAUGAUGAACCAGAUGAGUGGAGUGUCCAAUAUGAACCAAAAUCUACAGUCCAACAACCCCAACCAGGGGACCAUCAAUGCACAGAUGUUGGCACAACGGCAGAGAGAACUCCUCAAUAACCACCUGCGGCAGCGCCAGCUGGAGCACCAGAGACAGCAGCAGCAGCAGCAGCAGAGGAACACGGUGAUGAGAGCCCAGGGACUCAACCUACCUCCCAAUAUGGCCGCCGCCGCGGCUGCUGCAAGUGGCCUAUCGGGAGGCCUGAGUAACCCUCGGAUCCCACAGACCACCAACCCCCAGCAGUUCCCCUUCCCACCCAGCUACGGUAUGUCCCAGCAGCCUGARGGAGGGUUUGGUGGUCAGGCCACGCCCCAGAGUCCCCUGUUGUCCCCUAGGAUGGCCCAUGCCCAGUCACCCAUGAUGCAACAGCAGAGCCAGGGCAGCUCCACUUUCCAGGCGUCGCCUGACAUGAACGGUUGGCCGCCCCAGGGGAACAUGGGAGGAAACAGUAUGUUCAGUACUCAGCCAGUCGCCGCCCCAGUUCACCCAGGCAGCAGCAGACCAACGGGGCGCAGCCAUGUACAACAGGCAACGGAAAUGAACCUCAACGUCUCCAUGGCUACCAACGCCAGCGGCAUGGCCCCAGUGGGUCAGAUGGCCGGACAGAUGAUCACCUCGCCUGGAUGA